AUGUUUAACCUAAAUAGCACCAUGCCGAGCCUACCACUGGAUGGUGGUGGGCUUGGUUCAAAGGUCCCAUGGAUUACGAUAUUAGCCAUUCCUAUUACGUCGAUCAUCUUUUUGCGAUUUUUCAAUCCCUUAUUCCAGAAUCGCUUGUGUGACAGAUUCGGAAAUACCAUUCCUCAAGGCCCAGUGGGACUUCCUAUCCUAGGAUGUUUCCCCUUUCUAACUCACUACCCGGAGCUCACACUCGACAAAUGGGCCAAAAAAUUCGGUACUUUGUACUCUUGCUGGAUCGGCAAUCAGCUAUUCGUGGUCAUUUCUAGCCCGGAUAUUGCCAAGGACCUGCUGGUCACCAAUGGCGCUGUUUUCUCCUCACGGAAAGACUUGUUUAUGAAGAGCCAGACUGUGUUUGCUGGUCGUGGGAUAACUGCGACUCCGUACAAUGAUACCUGGAGGGACCAUCGUCGUAUUGCAACUACUUGGUUGCAUCAAAAGGCCGUUGACCAGUACACACACGUCUUGGACAUGGAGGCCACUGACAUGGUCCAGUAUCUUUUGAAAGCAAGUCAAGGCGGCACUGAGCUAGUCAAUCCACAGCCAUUUGCUGGUCGCUGCUCUCUAAAUAACAUGUUGACCAUUGUCUUUGGAAUUAGAACGGACUCGGUGCAAGACCCGCUUGUACAGACGUCACUGCGGUUAAGCCGGGAGUUCAUGAAUACCACAGGGCCCGUGUCAAAUAUCGUUGAUUACGUACCUUUGCUGCAGCGCUUGCCAUCCACAAUGCACUCACGUGGUCGACAGCUACACCAAGAUCUCAUGAGUACCUACGGGGGUAUGAUCAACGAGAUCCGUCAGCGCAUGAGCCUUGGAAAAGACGUUCCGGACUGCCUGGUCAAAACAAUGCUCACGGUUUGUCAGGACGAGAAUCUGGAUGAUGUAGACAUGGCGAUGUUGGCAUCAGCUUUCAUGAUUGGCGGCGUAGAAACCAGCGCGUCCAUCAUGCAAUGGUUCUCAGCACUUAUCCCGUCAUACCCCGAAGUCCAGCGCCGCGCCCAGGAAGAGCUAGACCGCGUCGUGGGCAGAGACCGCUUGCCUGAUAUCGCGGACGAGCAGAAUCUGCCUUUUUGUCGUGCUGUCAUUAAAGAAGUCGAACGAUGCCACAACCCUUUUUGGUUAGGAACUCCGCAUGUUGCUUCGGAGGACUUUACAUAUAAUGGACAUUUCAUUCCGAAAGAUACCGUCUUAGUCCUGAAUACGUGGACUAUGCACCAUGAUGAGAAGCGGUAUCCUGAACCCCACAUUUUUAAUCCUGACCGGUAUAUCCACGAUAAUUUCUCAUCAGUGCAGAGCUCCAACCUGCCCGACGCCAACCAGCGGGACCACUGGAUGUUCGGUGCCGGGCGACGUAUUUGCCCUGCAAUCGGCCUGGCGGAGCGCGAGAUUUGGCUGUCCAUAUCCCGAAUGCUCUGGGCCUUUAACAUGGAAGCUGUGCCGGGGCAGCCGAUAGAUCUGAAGGAGUACGAUGGGCUGUCUGGGCGAUCGCCGGUGCCGUUUCACAUUUACUUUAAGCCCAGACACGAGAAUAUUGCCAAGGUGUUGGGUGUUCAGCGUUGA